GGCUCUGCUCAAGGAGUUGCUCCCACAGCACAACUCGCAGCGCUACAGCAAGAAGCACCACUAUUCCAACUGUCACCUAGCAAGAUUACUGAAGAGCAAUGGUACGGGCUGAUCGAACAGAUACCAGAUGCCACGCCUCCCUAUGAUCGGUAUAAUCGAAAGAUGUUUCCAGGAGGGAGAGCGCCGUGCGUGUAGUUGGAGGUUAAAGAUGUGUACGCCACAUUGGUUUUCCAAGACAAGGGCCGGCAAGCAUUUUCUCUAGGCUCUUGUGUUCAUUUGCCCUUUUCAUGCUGUACAAGGCAGAGUGUAAACACGAUGAGCAGGAACCAGAGUGGGGGGAGUUCCAGUUAGAAAUGGGCUUAGAGUUGGAGGAGGAUGAGGAGGCACAGGAUGAGGAGGCCGUUUUUCUGGACCUGGAGUUUCCACAUGAUGGCAUUGAUCAACCUACUAACGAUGUCACCUCCUCUGAGGAGGAACAGGCCGAGCUUGAUUGGCAUUCAGGCAUUCUAGCGUUCACCACCUCGAUCCUGGAUGUGCGUACACUAAGAUUGGGAAUUGAUGUGAAGCACCGCGAUCUGCUACAGGUUUUCAUGUACGUGGAUCACUGCCAGCUUAGGGAAGCAAGCAAGACCUCCAACAUAUCUUCAUGUAUGUACCAGUUUCUAGUUUCGUGUUUUGAAAUCAAUUUCUGUUUGUUUUCUGUACGCCAUGGACAUGAGGGAAUGGCGAUAUGCCAUUUCUGAGAUCGAUGGAUAUGUGCAGGUCAAGGGAAACCAGCUGGUUGAAGCUUCCCUGCAUUCGUUCCCUGACUCACCCAGAGAGCCGAUAUCGGAAGAGGCCUUCACCAAGCAGGAGGUUCGGGAUAAGUUUGCAGCCUGGAGAGCAUCCUUGUUAUCGAAGGACCUUACGAUUCCGGAUGGGUUGCACCCUGUUGGCCGGUUGUACUACUGCUCCAAGGUGAGUUUUUGUCGUGUGUUUAAAGUCUUUUGCCUUCAACGUGCCAAGGUGAGUUUUGUUCGUGUGUUUAGAGUCUGUUGCCUUGAACAGGCAUGGGGGAUGCCGAGCUUUCAAAGCCAUCUCAGUGGGAGAGCUCAAGUUGUAGUCGGGUAUCCUGAUUGGCCAGCGAGUGCGGCGCUGGACUCCAAGGAAAGUUUGGCAGUUCGCACCUGAUGGUGGGCAUGGGCCGUGCUGAGGCCCCAUGGAUUAACGUGAGGUUUUCUCGUGGAGGUGUAAAGUGAGCGUGUCAACUUAGACUUCUAACUACAGCCUGUAAUAUCUUAGAAUCAUUGUCUUUAGCCAGAGCGUGUUUCUAAAUUGUUUGGAUCCCAUAUUGUUCUGCAAAAAUUACAAAAAGAUUCACGUAAA